GGUCUACGGUUGUUGUUGAACUUCCAGCCACACUCCCUUCCCUUGAGCAGAGAGAAGAAGAAGAUGGCUUUGGGUGUAUCAGCUCUUCCCUUCACAUACGUGGUUCACCUUCUGGGCAUCGUUGCCAUCAUCCUCGUCUUGGUUUGGAACCUAUAUUUCAGGGGUGGCUUGGCAUGGAAUUCUUCCAACAAAGCCCUCAUCUUCAAUAUUCAUCCAGUUCUUAUAAUUAUUGGCUUAAUAGUUUCUGGAGGUGAAGCUAUUAUAAGUUACAAAGCUCUUCCCCUGAAGAAGGAAGUGAAGAAAUUGAUACAUCUUGUUCUCCAUGCCAUCGCAUUAAUACUUGGAAUAGUGGGAAUUUAUACUGCCUUCAAGUAUCAUAAUGAAAGUGGGAUUGCCAAUUUGUACAGCUUGCAUUCAUGGCUUGGAAUUGGGGUUAUUGUCCUUUAUGGCAUUCAGUGGAUAUAUGGGUUUGUAAUAUUUUUCUUCCCUGGUGGGACACCAGACAUUAGACGCUACUCACUUCCUUGGCAUGUGCUAUUUGGGCUGUUUGUAUAUGUCUUGGCUGUAGGCACUGCUGCUCUUGGGUUUCUGGAGAAGCUCACAUUCCUGGAGAACUCAGGAUUGGCAAAAUAUGGUUCUGAGGCUUUGCUUGUCAACUUCACUGCUGUCAUCACAGUCCUAUUUGGUGCCUUUGUUGUGUUAUCUGCUGUAUCUGAUGCCCCCCCUGCAGCAGAUGACUAUGAAGCCAUAUAGACUUCUAUUUGUACCAUAUUUUUAUUUUUAUUGAAUAAUCUCAUGUCUGCUAUUAGUUUGUAUUGGGAGUCCGAAGAAGGAAAUAACUUGAUGUUUGUAUUCUUGGACACAAAGCUUGUAAUUAACACGUAAAAUCCUAAAUUGUGAAAUUAGUUAUUGGUUUACAUCAGUAAUUUUAACUGUUAUCUUUUCCUUGUA